CGGCACCCCGAUGGGCUAACCUGGUCCGUCAUAGCGAGCCUUCGAAGCCCGCCUCCGCAUCGCGUCCAUCUGACCCCACUAUACCUUACUAGCACGCGCUCGAGGACGAUAUUCACACUAGCACGGCAGCGCGUAUAUAAUACCGACGCGCCAUCCUGUCCUCGGUUCUGAAGGCGUGUGUGCGAACGGACUGGGCUCAGUCGAUCAGGAGACGGAUACUUUGCCGCACAACGCCGCGCACGAAUUACUUGUCGUUUCCCAGGAUGCGAAGCACCCAAGGAGGACUACUGGCUGUACUGUCGACGUUAGCCUGGUACGCAGGAGCUCGAGGGAGCAACCUACCUCCCGAGGAACCUGGCGUCUUCAAGGCAGAGGCCAACGCGACCAUUGACGCGCCCAUCGACGCCGUCUGGAACGCCCUGCUGGACUUUCCCUCCUAUCCCGACUGGAACCCGUUCGUCCGCUCCCAGGUGCUCGCAAACGACCUCUUCUUCCCACUCGAGGACCAGAGCAACCCUCAGGCGGGCCAGCGCCUCAUCAUCCACGUCCAAAUACCACCGCUCACCCCGCCCGUCGACGCGGACACCCCUGCAGAUCCCCUGCACGCGCAGUCGUCGUUCGAGAACAUCACCUUUCUCGAGGGCGCCCCCACGUACCGCGCUGCUUGGAAGCAAAUCAUGAUCCCGGAUGCGCUGGUCAAUGCGACGCGCUGGCAGGCCUUGAGCACCCUCGAAGACGGGCGGACGUUGUACGAGGCGCGGGAGGUGUACGCUGGAUCGCUGGCUUCAACGUUGGAGUCAUUAUUGGGCGAAGGAUUACAGGAGGCCUUUGACGCUCAGGCGUCCGAGCUGAAGGCGUACGUAGAGUCCGCGUAGAUAACACGUCGCCGCCGCCGUCGUCGUCGGCGUCGGCACCAAGGGUCGAAUAAUGAAUAUUCGGCGGGCCGAGCGGUACUGACACGUGUCCACUAUCGCCGUGCCUGACGCGCGCCCGUUUUUUUCUGCUGUGCUGCUUGUCG